AUGUCUGACCACGGAUGGGACUCUGGAAAAAGGCAGGUUGAAGAAGAGGAAAUUUCAGGUGAGAGCAGAAGACAGGGCAAGCAAGAGGGGAAAGAGGUUGCAAUAAGCACACAUUUAUUUGAAGCAAAACAUCAGGUAGCGGAUGAUGAAAGUAAUUGUGGAUGGUGUCCAGGCGCCCGGAGUUCGGCACGUCCGACUCUCCACGUCCACAGGCGGUGUGGGGAGUCGGGGAACCUGAAGCGGAAAAAGCCAGAGCGCCUUUCCCGGUGCGCCCAGGCGGGCGCGGCGGGAGCCGGGGCGCCGCGGUCCCCAGGUCCCCUGCGCGCCCGCCUGCCGGUCCUCGUCAGGACCCCGGCACCCCGCGUCCAGGCGGCGGCACAGCCCCAGCGCGACGGCCGCCAGCCACCGGAGCUGGUCGGGGAGAACCGCGGCCAGCUCUGCGCCCCUCGCUGCUGGGCGGAAGCGCCGGGACCCCUCCCGCCUGGUCUGCGGAUAGAAGAAGGCGCUGGCGCAGGGGCUGUGUGUCCGAGGGCUGAGUCGGUGGUGUCGGGGACCGCGUCUCCUUUCCAGGCUCGAGGCAGAGCCACGCCACAGAGAUUCGGUGCUCGCGAUCCCUGCCCUUCAAGGCGGGUGGACUGCGGGCUUGCUCCGACCGAGCCCGGCGCGGGCGCGGAUUUCCCCAGCCUGGGGCGCGGCUACCAUCCAGUCCCCGUGGAAGACCCCGAGGGUGAAAUCGUGUCGAGAAGGAAACUGGAAACUAGGAACUACUCCUCUGGGAACCGAGAGCCUGCCUACCCUUGGCCGCUGACGUGCGGGGCGAGCUCGGGCGCGGGCUUCCGCGGGGCGGUCUGGGCGCCAAGCCCCGGCGGGGACUCGCAGACACGGCGCCGCCGGGGCGAGUGCGGGGGCGCUGGGGAGCGGGGGCUGAGGCGUGCGGGGCUGCAAGGCCCUGGCACCGAGUUCCUCGUUCUCAGAGAAUCCACUUGGAAAUGGAGUGGUUGA